UCGUGGAUCCGUCAUGGCGGCGCUGUGUCGGGCCCGUGCCGUGACUGCCGAGAGUCAUUUUCUGCGAGUGUUUCUCUUUUCUCGAUCCUGUCGAGGAGCAGGCACUGAGAGUGGCUCCGGAAGCGAGAGUUCUGAUUCCACGGAGCCUAGGCCGCGCCCAGGAGGCUUCGCGAGCGCUUUGGAACGGCUCUCGGAGCUGCAGUGGAAGGCGGAGCUCGGCCGGACGAGGGGCUCUCCGAAAAAUGUGGAAUCCUUCGCGUCUAUGCUGAGACAUUCUCCUCUUACACAGAUGGGACCUGCAAAGGAUAAAAUAGUCAUUGGGCGAAUCUUUCAUAUCGUGGAGAACGAUCUUUAUAUAGAUUUUGGCGGCAAGUUUCAUUGUGUAUGUAAAAGACCGGAAGUGGAUGGAGAGAAAUACCAGAAAGGAACCAGAGUCCGGCUGCGACUAUUAGAUCUUGAACUUACAUCUAGGUUCCUGGGAGCGACAACAGAUACAACCAUCCUAGAGGCCGAUGCAAUUCUGUUAGGACUCCAGGAGAGUAAAGACUCAAAAUCAAAAGAGGAACAUCGUGAAAAGUAAAUGAACUUUGCUGAGUGCUUUCGCUCCUUUUAUGUUGAAUGCAGAUAUUCAAGAACACAAUUAGACAGUUAUGAAUAAAUGAUUAGAAAAAGACAUAGUAAAUGAAAGCUAUAAUUAUAGCUCUUAUCUGUUAGAAUUUUCUUUAGCUGUAUCUCCCCUCCCCCUGUUUAUAUGCCCAUUCUUUCCUUUGAUUGGAAUAGUAUAAACUGUACUGAGAAAUUCUGUCCUUCAAUAAAUAUGUUUUGAGUGUUCA